GCCCGUCCCGCCGCCUUGUCCUUCCCCGCAGCUAAAGCCUCAGCCACUCCCGACGCCCCCGGUGUAUGCGCGACGACCGAGCUUGACUCUGUCUCAGACCUCGUCUCGGGAGAAUUUGCCUCCGAAGCUGAAGAUGAAACCGAGCGCCGCAGCCAGUUCCGAGUCUCUUGUUUUCUCCCUCAAAGAUGUGGUUGUUGCUGGAAGCCCAUCUUCACGCCGUUUUUCUGAGCAUACUUAUUCUCGAGAGGGAAACUCCUCAGAUUAUUCCCUCAGUCAUCGACCUCGGACUGCGGAUGUAGAUCGUUCCUUUACCAGCCUUCACUCUCCCGAUUCUCCGUCUUUCAAACGCAAACACCGACGGUCCGACUCAAUCACACAUCCGUCUGACAUUUCUCUUCCUCUACCAAGUCCCACUACUCGUUCUUUGGUGAGAAAACGAACUCGUUCACCGAGUGGCAGACCCGUCGCGACACAAUUGGAGAUUCCUCCACCUGUUCCACCUCUGCCACCCCUUCCUAAAGAACGAGAGGGAAAAUCUAGAGGAUCAUUUCUGGGGAAGAAGGUUCCACCUAUACGUAUUCCGGAACUUGGGCUCGGACUGGACGAGAAGCUACGCUCUCCGUUAUCUCCUCCGUUUCCCAGCACACACUUUCAUUGGCGAGAUGGACCUAAGCAAUCGAGAGAGGCAGCUGAGCCAGUAUCGUUUCUACAAAUGUCAUCAAAGCGGAGAAGUACAAGACAGUCCACACCGAAGAGGAGCUUAGGUGAAACAGAGGCCCUGGCGGGUUGUAUCUCUGUGCGAACGACGCACUCGCUCCCCGACAUCAAACCGACGAAGCGUAGGAGCAAUCCGUCUUUCGCCAGUCGACUAUUUCGCCUCGGGACGCAACAAUUUUAGGUCAUUACGGCCUUUGUCCUGAGGGCCUCGUUCGAGGUUCGGUAUUCUCACGUCACCUCACGCCUACCGUGAAUGCGUUAGACAAACCGGCACUUUUCGCCAACGUGCUGACAUUUAUUAUCUCCAUCGACUUCUGCUCCUGCCUUCUCUCAUUAUCGCCCGUCCUGUUUUAUCCGCGGCACACACGUACGAUAUGGCUUCUGCACCGUGCGGAAGAACAAUUUUGUCGGCCGUAUUAACUUUUGCGGGCACCCUCCGCUGCGGCGGCUCAUAGAGCACGUCCGCUUCCGAUCCUUCGGCUCUCAUGUGUCCCAUUUCGUCGCGCACUCGUUUUCUAGCCCACACACACGGUUAUUUUAUAAUUGGCUAAGUCCGAUUCAUUUCAACGCCGCCGCGUCAUUUCAUUUCUUCCUCGCUCUUUGUUCCCUUUUCUCUCCGAGUUCCGCGUUUCCGAACGCAUCGGUUUCCUUGUCCAAUACCGCCGCAAACGUACACUAAGACUUUUCUAGUUGAUUCUGCCUCUUCUUCCCCACUUCUGCGCCUGUCUGGCCCAUUCUUUGUCUACUCAUUCUUGAAUCUUCUCCAAGGUUGCCCUGAAUAUCCGGCGCCGAAAAUGUAUAUCUGUUCACCUUUCUUGGUUAUACCCGUUUCGUGAUAUCACCCCUUCUCG